AGUUUUUUCGUUCUAUAAAUAUGCUGUGAAAAAAUAUAUCAAAACGAAUUUUGUGCUUGUCGCAGUCAGUUGAAAUUCAGUUAAUAAUUAGUUUAUAAUUUUUGCAAAUCAUCGGAAAUUUUGUGAACAGUUAGUUGAUAUGUAUAAUUAAAUUCGGAUACGGAUGUUUAAUUUUUUGCUUGACCAUCAUAUGCGAGGUGAGGUGCAUACUGGCUUUUAUUCUCGAACGUUGUGGAACAUAUGCGAAUAACAACAACUGCAUUUACAACAACAAAAACCUGAAAGCAAACACAACAAACAAAGCUGGCCUGCGCUUAGUUGAAAUUGAAAUCGUACAUUCAUAACAAAUUAUUACUCACAUUACAAUUUGGACAUCGUAAGCACGAGUAGCAUACGGGAAAAAAAAAUGUUUUAAAAUUGUGGAAAUGUGUUAAAAAAAAGAAAACAAAAAAAAAAACUGUAAAUUAAGUGGUAUUUACCAAAUUCCAAUUUUGAAGAAAAAAAAUUUUAAAUUACACAGUUCCUAUUGGUGAAAACCAGUUGCACGACAGCAACAACAACAGCGACAACAGCGGACAACAAAGAACAACAAAGAAGCCAAUUGCAGCAACCACAAAAACAAACUUCAAAACUAUUCAACUGGAAAAGUGACAAACGAUCCGAACAAUUCUCAGCUAUUCUAUAUUACUGUAUUACAAAUAUAUUAAUGAUAAACUGAGAAGUCUGGAAAUUCCGAGCAUUUGGAGAAAGUGUGCAAUCAAAUAAGAACAGGUGAAGUCCAGACCGUUACUAAAGCCAAUCAGAAAACCAACCGUCCGAUUGGGCUUUACGUUCAGCUUUACAAAAAAUCAGCAAAAUGGAGGCCAAAGAUAACAACAAGGAGCAGCCACAGCAGUCGGACAAUGAGAUACGCACGGAUAGCGAAAGCUCAACGGAUAGCAUGAUGCGCUUUGUGCUGCCCAGCCUGGAUGGUAGCCCCCCAAAAGUGGUCACCAUGGACGAGGUGGCGGGCAUGCUGAAAAAUCUCAAGAAUAUGGAGCUUGCCCACGAGAUAGCACUCAAUCCGGAGUUUAAGCUACAGCCAUACGAGCCGCCCAUGAACAGCUUGGAGGGUCGCAUCAAGGCGAUGGUACACAAAGCAUUUUGGAAUCUGUUGCGUGAGCAAUUGGAACGUGAUCCACCAUCAUAUGAUCAAGCCAUCCGUUUGCUAAGUGAGAUCAAGGAGGACUUUCCGCAGCUGCUCUCGCCGAACAAUACGAACGCCUUGUCGCGCAUCAAUGCAACACUAGAUGAGGCGCUCAUCCGUCAGCAGGCGGAGCGUGGCACGCUCGACUUUAGGUCCUAUGCCAACUUCGUGAUUAAUCUGUUGGCCAGCAUGUGCGCACCGGCACGCGAUGAGGCAGUGGCCAAGCUGCGAGAAAUCGACGAUGUGAUCGACACCUUCCGCGGCAUACUGGAGGUCAUGGCGCUGAUGAAACUGGAUAUGGCCAACUUUAUGGUUUCGGCAGCGCGCAAUAAUAUAGCAGCGAAUUCUGUGGAGUAUGAGAAGCAAAAGUUUAGUACAUUCUUGCGCGAAUAUCAUGGCACUGUUGGCUUUCCCGCCACCGAGGACUGGCUGCAACGUGCACGCGCCGGCUGCAACAACAACGAGGAAAUCCUUUUCAAUGCAUUCAAACAGCUGCUGAACUAUCCGGCUGAUAAGGAGUUUCCCGAACUGCUGCGCAUUGACAAGGAGCGCUUCGAGGGUCUCAGCUGGCGUUGUCAGCGUCUCAUUUUGUGCGCUGCGCUCAUAUCCAUUGCACAGGGCGUUCCAAUCAUAUCGCAGCGCCGUGAGAAUCGCAUCGAACUGGCCAAACAGCUGGACAUAAUCGUUCAGCAUGUCAAGCAGCAGGAUCAGCUGAGCUCUGUCAUCGACAACUGCUACGAGCAGAUUCGCUCGUUCAUAAACAAAUGUCUGGAGAAGGAGAAACUGCCGCUACUCAGCGAAUCGCAAGAGACACAAAUCCAAAGCCAAGUCAAGCAGCUGAUCAACAAAUCAUCACCUGUGCGCUCGCUAAUGGCCAAUCGUAUGGACGGUUUUGUGCGCGUUGCCUUGCGCUCGAAUGGCAACAUACCGCCGCCGCCCGCUGGCUUCGCUGACUUUGGGGAGGAGCUGGUCGCAUUCAUUGCAUCCUUCCGCCGCUUGGUAUCCUACAAUCACGCCGUAUUUGGAGAAUACUUCGUGCAGCUGCUCAACAAGCAGCGCAACAGCGCAGAGCCAACUGCGGACGCCAGCAACAGCAGCAGUAACAGCCUCUCGUCUAAUGUGGCCCAAACAGCCAAGCCUUAGGAAGAGAGCGAGAUACUGCGAGAGCGAGAGCGAGACCGAGAGAGUGUGUGUGCGUGUGUGUGGGGAAGAGGCAACAAAAUAUAUUUAUAUAACCAGGCUGCUGGGAUUAAGCGUUGGAAGCAAAAAAGCACAUAGAAAAAAAGAAAACAAACACCAAAACAAAAUGUUGAACGUUUAAGCUAUCGAACAAGAGCUAGCCUCUUGUUGAUAGCCAGCCAAUAGACCCAAACAAAUAACAGUAACAACGAAGACAAACAACAACAACAAAUGAAGGAUAUGAAUACGUUUUAUGCUGCGAGUAGCAACAUUUUAUGAAACUGGGUGCACUUAGCCAAGUGAUAUAAAGCAUCUACUAAAUAACAACUACUUGCACACCCAUACACCCAUAGACCCGUACACCAACACACCCACACAACUGCACACCUGUUUGAGGGCUGUCUGUGAUAAAUAAGAAUCUAAAACAACUGUACGAAAGCAACUGCUAGCUAUAUGAGUAUGUUAACAUACAGACAUAUAUGUAUAUAUAUAAUGUAUAUGUACAUAUAUGUGUGUGUAAGGACACGUGGGCACGCCCUCACUGAAAACCCAAAAGAACAAUGAACCCCAAAUCAACAAUUGGCAGCUGCAAAUGGACUUAACAUUUAACAUAAAAUUUUAUUUAAAAAAAAAAAAGCAACUAAAUUUUAACUACACUUUAGAAUAGAAAACAAAAUACAACUGUAUUAACAUUAAAUAAGUAAACAUAAUAAAAAUACAUAUACAUAUA